AUGGCCAGCCGCAACGACAAAGCCACCCAGGGCGAUGUUGCUGAACCACCAAAGAACGACACUGUUGAACCACCCAACGGCGAUCAACGCUCGAAUAAUCAUUCCUCGGACUCUCGUCUCUCGGACGCCGAGACUAACAGCACCUCCGAUUCCAAUGCCCUCGCCAUUGAUGGCCACAAGUCAAACCCCGACGCCAUUGAUGGUCACAAGCCAAACCCCGACGCCAUUGAUGGCCACAAGUCAAUUGCCGACCACCCAGCCAUCCCAGCCGGGACAAUGGCAAAGUUCCCAUCACAAUUCUACGCCAGGAAAGAACACGUCAAGAUCAACAGAAAGAACCAUGUUCAAUUCCUUCUUUGCCCUUCUUUCAGAAGGGACGAUCCCGAACUUUUCAACGUAUUUCACGAAAGGAUGAAGCAUGCAGAGAAAUCGAAAGGGUCGUUUCGAUUCUCCAUCGCGGACGGACCUAUCUACAGCGACCCCGUCCUGGCCAAAGCCGAUGGCGUAAGCCGAGUAGGGCAUCUCAGGAGCAAGGGCGGGAACACUUUCAAUAUCACUUUGCCUCCUCUCGGAUCCCUUCCUGAGUCCGAGAUAAAGCUAGGGUCGGUAAUGAGCACAUUGACCAACGGCGUCAGAAACCUCGGUUUCAAGAUCGACAUCGACGGCAAAACGGAAACAUUCGAAUGGAGACAGACGAGAGGCAGAGAGGUCAAACUGACUCAUCGCGUUCAUGAGGGUUGGAAACUGGUUCGGACAUCGCGCUUCAAACCCGAAAUGGGAGGCGAGCGGAAAAAGCGAGUCUACGGCUUUUCCAGCGACGGAGCUGAGAUUUUGGCCAUUCUGUCAAAGAAGAAGUACGUGAAGGACAAGGAGAGCAAGGAAGAGAAGACGGACAGGGCGGCCUGGAAGGAGAAGAAGGCAAAGGAGGGGCCCAGAAUCAAGCACGGCCGCUACAUGUUCACCUUCAUGGGCAAAGGUCUCACAGGCACUCUGGGACAGAGAUGGGAGACCAUGGCGGUCAUUUCAGGUCACAUUUUGUGGCUUGCACAUCGUGAUGAACCCUCAAAGGCUCUUUUAGUGGCGGGGGCCGUGGUUGCAAUCAUAGUUGUUGUCUAG